AGUCUCCGCAGUAACGUUGUGCCUAGGCAUGUCCAGAAGCGAUAAAAGCAUUUGGAGCCUGGCCAUUGAAGAGAGAGAUCGCUUGGAGAAAGAAAGAGAAGGAGACAAAGCGACUGAAACUUCAAUCAUUUUUGUUGGAAACAAGAAUGCGGGCAAAACGACCAUCAUACUAAGAUUUUUGGAACGGGAAGAACCGCCCAAACCUACAGUUGCUCUUGAGUACACAUAUGGACGAAAACAAGCUCGUGGAUCAAGCAUGGGUAAGAAUAUUGCUCAUAUUUGGGAACUUGGAGGUGGUACUUCGUUGACCAAACUUUUGGAUUCUCCAAUCAACGAGAAUACUAUUAGAACUAUCUCAUUAGCUAUCGUUGUGGAUCUCUCAAGGCCACACGAGCUAUUUCUGACAUUGGAAACUUUGCUAAAAGAGCUACGAACCAGAGUGAAGAAAACCUUAGCUCACUUGUCUACUAAAGAUGCCAGGGUUGUUGACAAGAUGAAGAAAGCAGCUUGGAAGAAAUAUGGAGAAGACCAUCCUGAUCGAGAUCUUCUGGAUUUGUUUCCAAUUCCAUUGGUUAUAUUGGGUACAAAGUAUGACAUUGUACAGGACUUUGACUCUGAGAAACGGAAAGUGAUUUGUAAAUUGCUGCGGUUCAUUGCACACACAAAUGGUGCUACUUUGCAGUUUUGCAGUGUCAAGUCAAGUGCGUUGGUUAGUCGUUGCAAUGGUUUGAUAUCGAGUCUAGUUUUUGGAACAUCACCAAGUCGUUUUAUUCAAGUGGAUCCAAGCAAACCACUUUUAGUUCCAGCUGGCAGUGAUUCUUUAGGAUCAAUUGGAGCACCUCUUCUACCCAGUGGUGAUAUAAGUCAUAUCAGUGCAAAAAAUCCGUAUGAAUUGUGGAAGCAGUCAUACACAGGAUUUUUUCCUCAAGAGAUGGCUAAGCCGCAGAAGCUAGAAGAUCCAUCGAAAGAUCCACAGUUUAAGGAGCCAGCAGUCGAUGCUAUGAGAGCUCAGAAGAACGAAGAGCUGGAGCGAUAUCGUCGUGUGGCGGAGAGAAAGGCCAGGGAAGCAGCUCGGCUCAAAAGUGCUGGAAUUGUGACAUAGCUAGAGUGCAUUGCUUGACUAACUUUAUUGCUUGAAAAAUCUUGAGUUGCUUGUUACAACUGGUGUACAAAUUUACUAGAUAAGUCUUAAAAAUUUAAUGACGUGUAAGAGAA